CAUAAAAAUAUUCAAAUUGUUUGUCAUAACAUAUACAUACAUAAUUAUGCGUUACUUAGUGUUCAGUAUCUAUAGAGUUGAAAGAUACAGAGUUCAAAUUGAAUCACUUAUUAUAUGUUAAUUAUCUAAUCGUCAACUUACUGAAAGGCGGCGCUUAUCAACACUGUUUAUAUCAGUAUCUGUUAAACAUGCUUCUCAAUAAGUUAAGCACGUUUUCUCAGCUUAAUUCUCAAAUAAAGUUGAUGGAAUUUCCGCGAAUAAUUUAUGGAUCUUUAUUCUAUAAAAAAAAAUUACAUUCAGUAGCAACAACCAAUGAAAAAAUACAUAAUGAAGAAACAACAAAAACAAUGAACAUGUACCAAGCAAUUAAUAAUGCACUUGAGAUUAUACUUGAGAAAGAUUCAAAUUCAGUGAUUUUUGGUGAAGAUGUUGCAUUUGGAGGAGUUUUUCGUUGCACAGUAGGCCUUAAAAAUCGUUUUGGAAAUGAUCGAGUAUUUAAUACUCCUCUUUCAGAACAAGGAAUUGUAGGAUUUGGUAUUGGGUUAGCAAAUCAAGGAAUUACUAGUAUUGGUGAAAUACAAUUUGCAGACUAUAUCUUUCCUGCUUUAGAUCAAUUGAUAAAUGAAGCUGCAAAAAUGAGGUAUCGUAGUGGCGGUAUGUUUGAUUGUGGGAAAUUAACCAUUCGAACACCUUGUAGUGCAGUGGGUCAUGGAGCUCUAUAUCAUUCUCAAAGCCCAGAAGCUUACUUCGCUCAUACUGCUGGGCUUAAGGUUGUGAUGCCACGUGGACCUAUUCAAGCAAAAGGAUUAUUAUUGAGUUGUGCAGAAGAGCCUGAUCCUUGUAUUGUUUUUGAACCAAAAGUUCUUUAUCGUUCAACAUCGGAUCAGGUACCACUUGAAGAUUUUAAAAUACCAUUGGGGAAAGCAGAAGUCGUUAGAAAAGGAGAUUCUAUAACAUUAAUAGGGUGGGGUACUUUAGUUCAUGUACUUUUAGAGGUAGCUGAUCUCGUUGAAAAAAAAAUUGGAGCAACUUGUGAGGUUUUAGAUAUUAUGACAAUUCUUCCCUGGGAUACAGAAACAGUAUGUGAGUCAGUAAGAAAAACCGGACGAGUUGUCAUUGCUCACGAAGCUCCACUAACUAAUGGCUUUGGAAGUGAAAUUGCUGCUGUUGUUCAGGAAAAAUGUUUCCUGAAUCUCGAAGCACCAAUUCAAAGAGUAACUGGUUGGGAUACCCCAUUUCCACUUGUAUAUGAACCUCUAUAUUUGCCAGAUAAAUGGCGUUGUUUUAAUGUGAUUGAAAAAACUCUUAAAUAUUAAUAUAAAUAAAAUUUCCUUCAAAUACUCUUUUGUAAAAAAAAUGUAAAUAAUUAUCAAUUAUUAUUCAGUCAUUUCUUUAGGUAGUAAUUGUGGUUUACUCAUUUUUAAA